AUGUAUAAAACACAGGGGCCUGGAUACUACUAUUCCAAGUUUUCCCCUUUGAACCCAAAAUACUUGAGCAUUCUGUGCGAGAAUGAUUUACAAGUUGUUGAGAACAAUGGAGAUGACUAUAAACUACUCUAUGUGAAUAGAUUAGGAAGCAGAUUUGAUUCAAUCAGAUGUAUUGAGUGGUCAAAAGAUCCAGCAAACCCACUCACCCUUGCAACUGGAUUCAAGAAUGGUCGAGUCGCUCUGAUCUCAUACACUGAUGAAAAUGGAACACAGAAUAUGGAGAGAAUAGUCUCAGGCUCCAUAGUAAAAGAAUUUGUCCAGAAGAGCUCAAGGUCUUCCAAGAAAUGUAAUGCCCUCGCAUGGAAUGAACAUAAUCCUUCCCUUCUUGCAGCUGGAUAUGACUGGACUGAGAGGAGCAAUUCGAGCAACCAAUACAGUAUAGUCAUUUGGGAUGUCAACAAGGAGACUAAAGCCCAAGAAACUAAUUAUGAUAUCUAUGCACCAUACGUAGGAGAGUCUAAUUUCAAGAAGGAGUACGUCCCUAUCGAUAUUGAUGGUGAGAAGAGAAUCACUAAGAGAAACAAAAUCGAAAUUAUCAAAGAGUGCAAAUAUUCCUUGAGCAAAAAGGAUGAUUCAACAGCCUUGGUCUGGCUCAAUGAUGAAAACUCCAAGCUGCUUAGUGGUACCAAUAAAGGAUCUAUCAAGCUCUUAGAUUUGCUAGGCUCUUCCCAAAAUGAAAUCAAUGCUCACAAGAAAAGAGUGACAUCAAUUAAGCUUUCUCCUUUCAACUCAAAUAUUAUUGCUUCGUGUUGCGAAGAUCAAGUAAGAGUAUUUGAUUUGAGAAAAAUGAAAACUCCAGUGAUCCAAAUCAAUCAUGACGUAAAGGAAAUAGAGUUCUCCAACUACCACUCCUACGUUCUUGCAACAAUUCACAGCAAGAAAGAUGCUAACACAGUAAAAUUUUGGAACAUCAACAAUGCAAUCCAAGAGAAGUUUCAAGAAGAUGAUGCCUCUUGCCUCGAGCUCGAAUAUCCCUUCUCUAUGGAGAAAUGUAAGCAAGAGAUUUCGUCACUCACAUGGCUUCCUAAAGUAGAAGAUGAGGAGCAUAACAAUAAGAACAAGUACCUCGUAGUAGGAGAUGGAGGCACUCUCCUUCAUACCCACACUUAUAGAAACAUCGACUGAAUGCCAGUCAGCUUUUCAUCUCUGAAUGAACUUGCCUUUUCUAAUGGAGACAAGGUCUUCUUUUAUGACUUCAUGAGUCAAAACCUGAAGAAGAUGAAUGAAAAUGUAAGUGCUCAUAAAGACGGAGCAGUCGACAGUGGGGAUUUCUACCCUCCAGACACCAGCCAUGAGGACAUCUCUGACCUUGUCUGUAAAAGAAUUAACCAUGGAUAUGGACUAGAUAUCAACAGAAAUGUAGAAAUAAGCCAGAACUUUUCAUAUCAAGGUAUCCGAGUCGUCUGGAGAUGGCUUCAGACUAUUGAAAGUUUGAUGAAGGGAUCUCAAAAGAAUAUGAUCUCAGUCAAUUUUGAAGAAUAUCAUAAAGGGAUUGCAUACUUGUUUGAGAACCAACCUACCUCUCAAAAUAUCCCAGAGAAUCCAGAAAUUCAGGAAGAAUGACUGAAGUUUAUGGAUACCACAAUUUAUUCAGGCCAAGAUAGGUCGAUGGCAUGUAAAAUGUGAGGGUGGACAGACGUACUUCAAACACACUCUACUAGAGUUUUGAAAUCAACGAUCAAAAGCAAGGUAGAUUCUAUUGGCAAGCAAGAUCCUGUAAGAGCUACCUGAGUGGCUGCUUGUCAUUUUGAUUUCUCUUUAGCAGCAGUAGAGCUCAGUUCCUCUAUUCAAGAAAAUAAAUAUGAUGAGGAGCCAAGUAAUCUUAGUCUUAUGAGGACUGUAUUCAUGAUCUUCAAUGAGAUCCAUAAAAAGAACCAAGUGUUCCAAAAAGGCGAAAAUGAAGAGUUUUAUAAAUCUCUGAAAAACACUAUUUGGAAAAAUGGCUACAAGAUGAGGAAUGAGUAUUUCAAUUGGGUAAUGACCCUCUUCAAUAGUCCCCAUGCUGCCCUUGAAGGGUUCAAGAAGAUAGAUUUCUUGGAUAAAAUAGCAGCUUUUUGUAGAUUCUUUCCUAAGGAUCUUCUUAAAGAAACUAUUUCAAAGCUAAUUGAUAAAGGAAUCAAAGAGGGAAACCUAGAAACAAUUGUCUUAACUGGAUUCCAAGAUAGAUGCCAUGAAGUUCUACAGAGCUAUGUAGAUGUCUAUGGAGAUUUCCAGACACCUGCUCUGAUAGCUUGCUAUUACAUGAAAUAUGUCAAAGAGAAAGACCCAAGAGUUACCAAAUGGAUUAUGGAGUAUAGAAAAUAUCUAAGCAAAAUCAGACUUUGGAAUAUUAGAUGCAAUUUUGAUGUGAAUAGGAUUGCCUUGAUCAAAAAGAGCAAGAACGAUACAGACCAUGAUAGUGAUAUAAAAACCCAGCUUAAAAAGUAUGAGCAUACUAUUUUCUGUCCUCUUCCAAUGUGCGAAACAAAUAUUGGUAUUGCUCACAAUAGUGAGGAAGAAAAGCAUGCUAUCUCUAUUGCUGGUACUUCUGCUUCUAGAGGUAUUCAUAGAGCAGUUGUAAAUCCUUCUGCUCAAUUCUCAAAAACUGUAUCUCAUUGAAAAUGCACAAACCAAAUAAACUGCUCUGUAUGCUCUUUAGCCAUGCAUAGAAUCAACCCUUCAUUCAAAUCAAGUCUCCCCCUCGACCCAAGCAGUGAUGGGUUUCGAAAGAGUCGUUCAGAGUCAUCUAUUUACAACUUCUCCCCUUCAAGUCAGCGAGGAGCGAACUUAAAAGAUUUGAAGUUGAAUUUUACAGAUUGGUUCUCCUGGUGUAACACAUGUAAGCAUGUUGGUCACCUUCAAUGUGUUGAAGAAUGGUUCUCAUAUAACUCAGAAUGCCCAAUCCCAGAUUGCCACUGCCAAUGUAAGCUUCAGUGCCCAAUAUAAAUAUUUUCAAUUAUUUUGUAAAA